AUGGGUUGUAAUCAGAGCAAAUUGAGAUUUUCGCAAGUAUUUGAGAGGAAGAGGGUAAGCACAACUUAGUGGUUGAUGAACGUUUUGUAAUAAAUGAAGAAAAAUGCUAAUUUAUGCAUCUUUCAUUGUGGUUUUCGAGAGUGCGUGGUAAGGUCGUUAAAAACAUAUGGCGUCAGCCUUGCCAUAUAAGGGCACAAAUUUGAAAUAAUUCUGACCAAUCGUAGGGAGUUAUUUGUAGACCACGUGGCCGGAGUGAACGUAACCAUAAAAGGAAAAAAUUUGAAUAAUUUUGACCAAUCAUAGGAUACUGUUUGUAGGCCCCACGUGAAUCCAGUUUGACCAUAAAAUGACCAAUCACAGCGCGUUUUCUCCACGUCUCGCGCGCGUACGUAGAAAGAUUGAGCCGUUACUGAACAACGAGUGCUUCGAAGAAAAGGCGACUGGGGAUAAAAACAAACAAAUAAAGACAAAAGAUGGUUUCAAUUUCAAUUUCCAAUGUAUUUUUAAAAUGUAGCAAUUGUUAGAACCGUCUGUCUGCCUGCCGUCUUUCCUCUUUAAAUUUAUACUGAUAUUAGCAUGAUUUGACUGCUGCGCGCAGUAACUGAACGCGCGCAUAAAUCACAGGCGGCCCAGACGUAGAAUUUGUCAAAUGAAUAUAUUAAUAUUCACAUGGUCAAAAAAGGAUGAGUCUAAAAUAGUCCAAAAGUCAAAAUAUAACAAAACAAAGCUAAGAUACCUUUAACUGAACGUAUCCUUGUCUUUCCUGGCCGGUUAAAGUGGCACUUUGUUGAGUUUUGCAAUUGUAGGUACUAUCCACCUUCAAUUGCAUGCAAAACUCAACAAAAUGCCACUUUAACCGGCCAGGAAAGACAAGGAUACGUUCAAAGGUAUCUUAGCUUUGUUUUGUUAUAUUUUGACUUUUGGACUAUUUUGGUUCAUGGGAGUUUCGACGACUUAUCCUAUUUUGUCCAUGUGAAUAUUAAUACAUUCAUUUGACACAUACUACGUCUGGGCCACCUGUGCAUAAAUCAGCGCUUUUAAAUUUAUUGAAAUUUUAGAACAGUUUAAAUCAAAAAUGACAUUUUUUAUUCAUAGAAUAAAACAUGUUUUACUUACACGCAAAUUUGAAUGAAUCUCGCUUCAAAGAUUUUUGUCAAAAAAGAGUUUACUUUAUACUAUUUUAAUAUGAUUUUUGCCAGGUGAACAAGAGAACAACUACGUGGUAUGUUGACCCGCUCGAGGAGACUGUGAUUCAAUCCACGUUAGAAUGCAGUUCUCCUUUCGAGCAGAGUGCACCACAGAAAAUAGCCCCAGCCUCAAACAUCCAUUAUGAGGACUUUUCUGUUCUGUCUUUUAUGACGAGAAAAGAUCAUUACGAGUGGGUGGAGUUGUAUGCUAAAGAACAGUUGUUCUCAUCUGUGAAAUCUUGUCUAAACUAUAAAGGAUUUCAUGAAUAUGGAUUCCACAUAUUAUCACUCACUCCAAGGCCCUUAUUAGAGAUCAGAACUAAUGAUAAUAGACCCAUUCAUUCCCUUCCUUGGGGGAACUCCACGGCCUUCGAGUACUUUCUAAGGUAGGUACAGAGCCCGGGAGGGGGAGGUUACUUUAGGAAUUUUUGGGUGGGGAUAUGCCGCUGGGAUCCUGAUUCUGAUUUGUAUCCCUGACCCGGUCACAGAGUAAACUGCUUGAAAACCAUACACUUCACAGCGGCACAUACCUAUACAGCCUAUAUGUGGCAGUACCCUCCCCCCCCCCCCCGGGGUACUGAGGAGAUUCACCCAACCUCGUCCCCAGGGUCUUCUUGUUUUCCCAUAGGGCAGCGACAGGCAGAAAAUUUGGUACGAGGUUGGUUCGAGUUCAUGACCAUCAUAUAUUUACGGUCUUUAUCAAAAAGUUCACAGAAGGGAUGACAGAAUGAGCCUCAGCUGGGAACUAGAAAGUUAUAUCCGGGUAACCGCCCCCGCCCCCACCUUCUGUAUUAUACCGGAUCAGUACGCAAAAAAUAGAAGGAAAACGGGAGUUCCGUAGCUUAGAAUGCGCAUCAAAGCAAUGGGAUAUUCUAUCUAACUUCAAAAUUUGACAAUUCUCCAGAAUUGAACGUUUUGUAGAACGAAAUUAAAAUUGAAAGAUGCAUCGCGCUGUCUUAAAUAAAACACGCUAAAUAGGUUACUAAGGAGGUCUUUUAACGCUGACUUUUUCUUAAUUAUCACCCUACAGAACUAUUCCCAAAGAAAUUGAAACAAAGGUUGGUUGUGACCCCUUUGUAAUCGUUAUCGAAGAUAUUGAUAACGAGGCAGGCUGUAGCAGAAUGUGUGCCAGCCUGAUUGAGAAGCUCUGCCAAAGGCUGCAGAUGAGGUAA